AUGUCUGGCGUUCUUGGGCCAGCAUCCAUGCCGAGCACAUCUGCCGUGUCAUUUGCGAAGAAUCUCAAUAACACCGUCUCCGCGACUUCCGCCACCUCGUUACUCCCAUCGCCUCGCGAUCUACUUUCUCUUCCCCUCCGCGCCCUCAACCAAGCGGAAACCCUCGCGUUUAGUACAAUUCCUCGGCAUAUCGCGCGACUGACGGGCCUUAAUGAUAUUCGUAUAAGCUUCUGGAGUGGAGGAGCGGCUGUGACCGGUGAGAGUGCACUAGGAGGUGGCGCUAUGACAGCCGCAAAUGCGGCAGGCGAAGGGGUUGCGCAAGGUGCUGGAUAUGGCGAUAGCUGGUACGUGGCAGAGUUGCUGCAGACGAUGCGGAAAGUUGGAGGAUUCUUCGGAUAUUUGACCAGUGUAUGGUCCUUUGCGUGCCUAGUGGAGGUGAGUGCUGUCCGUACCUGGACAAAGGGCCAAUCUAACCCAUCACAGGCUCUAGUUCUGAACCGAAUGACUAUUUACGCGUCUACUAGGCGGCAUCUCCGGCUGGGUUGGGAAAGAAGACUUGCUCUACGCAUAAUCCCCAUACUUCUAUUCGUCUCCCAGAUCAUGACCUUAUUGCGAGGAAUCCGAUGCCAAUCGUCUCCGGCCUUCUCCGAAAUGCGAUACGGUAAGCCUGGGAAACCAUUGAUCUUUGACUACGCUAGCGGUGGAGGUGUCCUCUAUGCGCUCAGCUCGCGUCUUAUGGCUUGGGAGUCCGAUGCGCAGGCUUGCAGUGCGGUGAAGAUGGGACGCGCCUUUGGCAGCACAGAUGUCCCAUUUGGAUCAUUUGCUUUGCUCUGGCCUGUAUUUCUGCUACUCUGCCUCAGCCAUUUUGUCGAGACCCUUUCCUGUGCGCUACAAGGACGGCCCGUCAUGACCGAGACUGGAAUGUCAAUUUUCGAGCACUCCCUUGCUUUUGCCGAAGCUGAGUCAAUGAUCAGCAAAUCAGUCGGUCUCGGGCUGUUUGGUCUUGCCAAGCAAAGUCCCUUGGCCGAAGGGGGAUCUGGAGAAGGUGCCGGUUCGGCUUUGCAGCUUCUCACUAGGGCGCAGGUUCUGGAGCGAAUGAACGUUACCCCGGAGCUCCUGCUCAUCGUCUUGAUAUCAUGUUGCAACAGUCUGUCUUCACAUAUCCUAGAUGUGUUUGGCAAACAGAGUCGAUAUCGCCUUUUUAAUACCGCCCUUUGGGGAUUCUGCUUCAUGGCAGCAAUGUCCUGGGGUUUGGAGAGUGGUCCUCCAGUGAGCACAGAGACAGGUGUUCUUAAGUUUCCAACUGUCUGCAUUGUCGGUUUUAUUCCUCAUCUUCUCGUCCUACUCGGCAUUCUCAUCUGCCUUGCAAUCUAUGGGCUGGCUUUAGUCAUCACUGCCUUCUCAUUGCCAUUUGAAGAAGGUCAACGUGUCUCCCUGCAGGAACGAUUCAUGCUGGCCCAUGAAAACAUGCAAGGCUCCAACCAAAUACGCAGUAUCCGCGUCAAUAGGCAUGAAGACUUUUAUACAACUUUGCUGCGGGUUGGCUAUGUCGCUCUGACGGCUGCUAGCGAAGCGGUGUUCUUGAAUGAAGGCAAAGCAGUCAUCGCAAGACAGAUGACCUGGCUUGAGAAAGAUCGGAUUGCUGAGAUUGAAGCCUCAAGACAGCGGAACUCAUCAUACGGCGAUUACCCCAACCAGUCAGAUCUUCCUCCUUUCGAAGCUGUGGGCUUCGGCAGUUUCGACCUGCCCGAGCAAUCCCAUGCAUGGGAGAGUGGUUAUAACCGCGAAAAGAAAAUCGAGAAACCAAAGAAUGGAGCUCGACAGGUGCGACCGCAAGCCGAGCUUGGUGGCGUGGGUGCAGUCCGGACAUCCGUCCGCUUAUGGCAUGGUCUAUCCUUCGUCCGAGCUAUCUCCUUGCUCAUUCUGAGGUGGAUCGCGUACGGAUUCAGCCGCAUCCUUGACCGACUUGGUAUCAGCGCUCGACCAGUGUGGUUGAAACGUUUGUCUGGAACACACAAAGACAAGGCAGUCCGCAAGAAGAAGGCAUCCCGCUCGGGAUCAGUGGACUUCUGGGUUCUCACGGAUGAUGGAGAGCUUGAGCUUCCCGAGGACCACGAAUUCGAUGUUGAGUUAGAGAUGCAGAAGCAGGAGCGUUCCAACCGAAAGGACUGGCCGGAAAUGUACGGGGGAAUUGACGAGCGUCGAAUGGAUGAGAAACUCUAUGCUUGGUGGAAAGCAGGAGGAUCCUGGGGCAACCAGGACCAUACCGCCGACUACCAGCCCCCGGCGGAUGCGGAUGAUACAACGAGUGUGAUAUCAAUGUCCACAAAUGCAUCAGAGUCUGAGUGGGAAGAUGAUCUCUCCAAUGGACGUCGCACACCCACUCAAUCCAACCCAUAUCCCCGCUUUUCUCGCGAGAGCACCCCUGUUCAAGAUCCCUUCAUCGACAUGAGCACCUUCGCCCGUCUCCUCGACCCUCGGGACCGCGAGAGCAGGGAAGAAGCGCGUAUCCUUGCCGCACAUCUCAGCCCUGGGCAAGAUUCCAACCGGAUCAUGACUCGUAGUCAAUACCGGCAGCAAGUUGAAAGGGACAGAUCUCGUGUUCUCCUGUCCUCUCGCCUGCACCAUCAUGCAGCCAACGCACACUCCGGUAGCGAGAAGCGCAAACCAUCGGCCGAGGAAGAGACCGAGAUGCUCGAGCAGUUGAUCCUCUCGCGCCGCUCGGAGAUGUCCUUCAGCUCAGAACCCAACACAUGGGAGUCGGGUGCAACAGGGCUGGGCCCGAACGGACCUCCAUGCGUUGUCUGCCAGACAAACCCACGGUCCAUCAUCACCUGGCCCUGUCGCUGCCUCUGUAUUUGUGAGGACUGUCGUGUCAGUCUCGCUAUGAACAACUUUGGCAGCUGCGUGACCCGCCGACAGGAAGUUGGCGGCUUCAUGCGACUAUGGGUUCCAUGA